AUGUCUACUAAGCAUAUCGAGAAAGUGGCCAUCAUUGGUGCCACCGGUCGCAUUGGCGGAGCCUUUGCUGAGGCCCUAGCCAAGACGGGGAAACAUACCGUCACAGCCCUGACCCGUGAGGACAGCAAGGGCAAGGUUCCCGACAAUGUCAAGGUCAUCAAGGUGAACUAUGAGGACGAGACGUCUAUUAUCAAGGCUCUAGAGGGCCAGCAGUUCCUCGCUAUUACUCUUAGUGUCCGUGCUCCAGAAGACCUCCAUAAGAGAAUCACCACUGCCGCUGGAAAGGCGGGCGUCCCUUACAUCAUGCCCAAUACUUACGGCUACCCCAUUCAACCCGAGAACAUCGAGGGAGAUGCUUACGGCAAGGUGGUCAUGGGUCGGGUUAAUGAUACUAAGAACGGAGUGUCAUCCUUCGUGGCAAUGGAAUGCGGUUUUUGGUACGAGUGGAGCCUAGCAACGGGCGAGCAGUGGUUUGGCUUCACGAUCAAAGAUCGCAAGGUCACUUUCUUCGACGAUGGCAAGCGAACCAUCACCGUCAGUACCUGGGAUCAGUGCGGUCGUGCUCUGGCGGCACUACUUAGCUUACCCGAGUCCGGAGCAAGCCCUUCUGUCGCCGACUUCAAGAACGACAGAUGCUGUAUCUAUAGCUUCCGUGUCUCACAGCGUGACAUGCUCGACAGUCUGCAUCGCGUCUUGGGAACUACGGAUGCGGACUGGGAGAUCACAUUCGAACCCGUUGAUAAGCGCAUCAAGGACGGCGCCGAGGAACUGGCGAAUGGCAACUUUACGGGAUUCGCUAAGAUGCUCUAUGGUAAAGUCUUCUUGUCUACCAAUGAGGUCAGCGACUUUGCAGGUACGAGGUCGACAGCUAAUGAAGCUCUUGGGCUGCCUAAGGAGGACCUGGAUGAAGCGACGAAGAGGACGGUGGAUAUGGUCGAAAGUGGAUGGAACCCCUUUGCCGCAUAG